UCUUCCUUAAUCCUCUGUAGAAAUACCAUAGAAGCAGUUUUUGUUUGACUGAAACAAAGGCUCUCUGAGUGUGUCUCUGAGUAAAUAUUUGAGGUUAGGGAUUAACUAGCAUUCUCAGAGUCUGAUGGCAGAAAAGUAGACAACUGUGAUUCAGCUGGUGAAAUCAGUGUGUAAUGUGUUGUGCAAUGUGGAGAAUCUUUACCCUCUCGGUGUUUUCAGCUGCCUUCAUAUUGCCUAGUGGACAUGAAGCUUCAGUGUUUUAUAGCAGCCAAGAAGCAAAUCAAGUGCUGAAAAUCCAGAAGCGGGCAAAUAGUUUUUUGGAAGAAUUAAAGCAGGGCUCAUUGGAACGGGAAUGCCGAGAGGAAGUAUGUGAUUUUGAGGAAGCCAGUGAAAUAUUUGAAACCAAGGAAGCAACACUAGAGUUUUGGACAAAGUAUUUUGAUGGAGAUAUGUGUGAAUCCAGCCCAUGUGUCGAUGGAUCCUGUCGGGACGGCAUUGGGCGAUUUGACUGCAUUUGUAACAAAGGCUGGGAGGGGCGCCAGUGCCAAUAUGUGGUUGCCUACACCAACUGUUCAAUUUCCAAUGGUGGCUGUGAACAUUUCUGUAAUGAGGGCCAACAAGACAAUGACCAAUACCGCUACUGCAGUUGUGCUUCAGGCUAUCGGCUGGCUGAUAAUUAUACUUCUUGUGAACCUGUUGUGGAGUUUGCCUGUGGACAAGUCCAGAAUUUUAGCUAUAAAACUGCCAAAGUAAUUGGGGGAAGACCUGGAAGAAAGGGACAGAGUCCCUGGCAGGUUAUGCUGAGCAAUAGUGCAAACAGAUUUUUGUGUGGUGGUGUUCUCAUUCACCCCACCUGGGUGCUGACAGCUGCACAUUGUUUGAAAAGCCUACGAACAGUCAAACUGACAUUUGGUAAAUAUUAUCGCCGGCGAACAGAAGAAAGUGAGCAAGCUAUUUUUGCAGACAUGUUAUUGCCUCAUGAAAACUACUCUGAACAGACCUCUGAAAAUGACAUUGCACUGCUGCACCUACAACGUCCGGUUCUUGUCAACAAAUUCACAAUUCCUAUUUGCCUGCCUUCCAAGAAGCUGGCAGAGCACUUGGAGAAAGAAGCAACACAGACUGUGGUGACAGGCUGGGGGAGCCAGAGUGAGGACUCCAAGGUGAAUUACUCCUCUGUUCUCAACUAUAUUGAAAUCCCUGUGGCACCACGGAAUGACUGUGUCAAUUCUAUGUUGAAUUCUGUCUCGGAAAACAUGCUCUGUGCAGGGAUACUGGGAGAUAACCGGGAUUCCUGUCAUGGAGACAGUGGUGGCCCUAUGGUCACCAAAUUCAAGAAGACUUGGUUCCUAAUUGGACUUGUGAGCUGGGGAGAAGGCUGUGGAGCAACUGAUAACUUUGGAAUCUACACCAAAGUCAGUGCAUAUCUUGACUGGAUCUAUCAGCAAAUGAAAGAUAGCAUACUCUCACCAAACACUGUCACAAAAGAAGGAUGAGGGACCACUUUGGCAGUACACUCAGUAUGCUCAUUGUCUUCUGCUAAUAAAUACAGAGUAUACAAAGUG